AAGGCAAGAAGUUUGGAAACUUCAGUUUUGGGUGAAACGUCAAAACUCUAUGUAAACUUUGUGACUCCUGUCAUUUUGCCUGGAUUAUUUAAUUAGAAGACUGUUAAGUUUUAGAAGAUAUGACUGUAGUUUAACAGUUUAUACGUUUUAUAAAUCAGCUUCUGAAACUUUAAUUUCAUAAUGAUUUCUGGCGAUUUUCCUGAGGACCCAGAAAAGGAGCUGCAGAGUUUAGAAGAUGAUGUUGUUCAAGAAAUUCUCAAAACUGGCACUGAUCUGAGACAAUACUCGAAACAAAUAGAAAAAGAACUGAAAGAUGUAGAAAAUAAAUCUAUACAGGAUUAUAUUAAAGAAAGCCAAAAUAUAGCUAGCUUGCACAAUCAAAUUGGGGCUUGCGAUGACAUCCUUGAAAGAAUGGAAGAUAUGUUAAUGAGUUUUCAGAGUGUUUUAGGUAAUAUCAGUUCUGAAAUAACGUCUCUACAAAAAAAAUCUGUUUCAAUGUCCAUUCAAUUAUCAAAUAGGCAGGCUGUACGAGGAGAUCUCUCACAGUUUAUCGAAGAUAUUUCUGUUACUCAAAGUCUGAUAACCGGAAUUUUGGAUACACCAGUUACUGAGAAAGAAUUUAUAACUCAGUUACAAAUACUCAAUCACAAGAUCAGUUUUGUAAAAGAACAACAAUUUCAAGAUGCCAAAGCUAGCAAUGAUGUUAGAGAUGUACUAGAGAAGCUGAAAAUUAAGGCAAUGUCAAAAAUAAGAACAUACUUUUUAGAACAAAUAUAUAAGUUUAGAAAACCAAUGGCUAAUUAUCAAGUUCCCCAAAAUGCAAUGCUUAAACAUAAAUUCUUUUUUGAAUUUAUAUUAUCAAAUGAAAGAAAUGUAGCUCAAGAGAUUUGUACAGAAUAUGUUGAUACUAUGAGUAAAAUAUAUUUUACUUAUUUUAAAAGUUAUUCUGGUCGAUUAUGUAAACUUCAAUUUGAAGAACUAGCAACAAAAGAUGAUCUAAUGGGAAUUGAAGACACUGCCACGAGAAGUAUUUUUCAUAAGGCAUCUUUGAAACACAAAGGCACAGUUUUUACCAUAGGUAAUCGUGGUGAAGUAUUAGCACAGCAAUUAGAAGCACCUAUAAUUGUGCCUCAUGCACAACAGAAAAAUAGGUAUCCAUAUGAAGCACUGUUUCGAAGUCUGCAAUAUGCUCUUGUUGACAAUGCCUGUAGAGAGUAUUUAUUUCUAACUGAACUUUUUAAAGUUAGAGGAACACAGGCACAAGAUCUCUUUAAUCAAAUAUUAGGAAAAACUCUUACUCUAUUAAUAAAAAAUUUAGAAACUUUUGUUCAAGAGUGCUAUGAUUCCAUAGCGUUGUUUCUUUGUGUACAUCUCAUAUUGAGGUAUCAACUCAUGUGCCAUAAACGAUGUGUACCGGCUUUAGAUAUGUACUGGGAUUCUUUGCAGUCGGCAAUAUGGCCAAGAUUUGAACACAUAUUUCAAUUAAACAUUCAAAGUAUUCGAGAUUGUGAUCCAACAAAAUUUAAUAAAGAGAUGGGGCCUCAUUAUAUAACUAGACGCUAUGCAGAAUUUUCUGCUGCAAUUGUUGGAAUUAGUGAACAUUUUCCUAAUGAACUGGUAAACAGACUACUGGCCGAGUUACAGACUGAAGUUGAAUGUUUUAUUUUGCGAAUGGCUGCAAUAUUUCCUCAAAGGAAAGAACAACUGAUCUAUCUUAUUAAUAAUUAUGAUAUGGUUUUAGGAAUAUUAAUGGAACGUACACGAGAUAAUUCUAAAGAAGCAGAAAGUUUCCGAGAACAAUUGAAUGCUAGGAGUACUGAGUACGUUGAAGAAAUAUUGAGUCCACACUUUGGUGGAAUUAUGCAAUUUGUUAAAGAAGGAGAAAUUCUUCUAGAGAAGGGACAAACUGAAGAAGUUAAAAAGCAAGAAAGAAAAUCUUUGGCUUUAGUGACAACAUUUUCGGCUAAUUGGAAGAAAAGCUUGGAAGAAUUGAAUAGAGAAAUUUUAUUAUCUUUUCCAAAUUUGGUUACUGGAUCAACUUUAUUGCAAUUGGCUCUCACAAGUUUAGUGCAGUAUUAUCAUCGAUUUCAUAAAUUGCUUACGCCAAAUGCAAGAACACAACUUACAAAUAUACAUGUUAUAAUGGUAGAACUUAAGAAAUAUAAAACUAAUUAUUAAUUUAAGAUAUUUUAUAGUUUUAAUGUGCAAUUUUUUUGUUAGAUAAUGAAAUAGUAUUACAUUCCAUU